AGGCCUUGUCCCGGGGCGGGCAGAUGGUCAGGUGCGCCGUUGGGGACCCAGCCUCCUGCCUCCUGCCUCCUGCCUCCUGGGCGGAGUCGGGGGAGGAGCGAGACCCGAAACCAUGCGGGUGGGCGCGCUCCGGGGCUGCGGCCCGUGGGGCGUUGCGAGUCGGCCGAGGUCCGGGCAGAGGUUCCCCGCGGGUCCCGACUCCUCUCCCCAACCAGGUCAUCGGGCUUCUGGACGUCUUCACGCCGGCCACAACCCUCGAGGACUUCAGUGAAGUGUACUUGGUGACCACCCUAAUGGGCGCCGACCUGAACAACAUUGUCAAGUGCCAGGCGCUAAGUGACGAGCAUGUCCAGUUCCUGGUUUACCAGCUGCUGCGAGGCCUGAAGUACAUCCACUCGGCCGGGAUCAUCCACCGGGAUCUGAAGCCGAGCAACGUGGCUGUGAAUGAGGACUGUGAGCUCAGGAUCCUGGACUUUGGGCUGGCACGCCAGGCGGAUGAGGAGAUGACGGGGUACGUGGCUACGCGCUGGUACCGGGCUCCCGAGAUCAUGCUCAACUGGAUGCACUACAGCCAGACGGUGGACAUCUGGUCUGUGGGCUGCAUCAUGGCUGAGCUGCUCCAGGGAAAGGCCCUCUUUCCAGGAAACGACUACAUUGACCAGCUGAAGCGCAUCAUGGAGGUGGUGGGCACUCCCAGUCCUGAGGUUCUGGCAAAGAUGUCCUCAGAGCACGCCCGGACAUACAUCCAGUCCCUGCCCCCCAUGCCCCAAAAGGAUCUCAGCAGCAUCUUCCGUGGCGCCAACCCCCUGGCCAUAGACCUUCUGGGGAAGAUGCUUGUGCUGGACAGUGACCAAAGGAUCAGUGCGGCGGAGGCACUGGCCCACACCUACUUCAGCCAGUACCAUGACCCGGAUGACGAGCCAGAGGCGGAGCCCUAUGACGAAAGCGUGGAGGCCAAGGAGCGCACAGUGGAGGAGUGGAAAGAGCUCACCUACCAGGAAGUCCUCAGCUUCAAGCCCCCCGAGCCACCACAGCCACCCGGCAGCCUGGAGAUUGAGCAGUGAGGUGGUCCUGGCAGCUGCACUCAGACCCAGGGAGGCUCCUGAGCUUGCCCUCUUCCUCCCAAUAGCCUGGCAGCCUGGAUCCCCUCACCUUGAGUAUGAAGUCUGCAUACACAUGAAUGCCCAAAAGUGUGUGCACGUGUGCGUGCCACAUGGAGGAGUUCGGGCAGAAGUGUCUUUGCCUUCCUUGGUUCUCCAUCUUUCUCCCAACUAUGGGGCUCUCCCAUGGGACCUGACUGCAGGGGCCCUUGAUGUCACAGGGGUCCCCCUGGGGAAUGUGUCUAUCUCCAGAUCUCCUGUUCUAGAGGGCUAUCUGGGGUAGAGGGAGGAUCCGCUGGGGCUAGGACCCCUGGAGACUCAGAAAGGAGGGGUCUCAGUGGUUAGAACAGCUGCACUUAGAGCUGGGGUCUGCCAGUGAACAGCCGAGACCACAGGUUUGAGAGUUGACCAGGGCCACUGUGCCACCAGGCUGGCAGGGUCAGAUCAGAAAAGUCACCUGGAACCUUGGGUUCACCUGAGUUAUAUGUGUGUGGGCAUGCAUACAUGAACAUAUUCUUUUGGUGUUCACAUGUCAGGACAUGGGCAGAUGUGGCUGGCGUGUGUGAACCUAUGAGUGCCCAAGGACCAGCAGCUGUGUUCACUAGGAGGCCCAAAUCUGGGUGGCCCUAUUGCUGUCCCUUUCAUAUCGCAAGGGAUGCUAAGAGUACUGUUGCCCCAGGCCAUAGGACCCCUGGCAGGGGCUUUCCACUCUGGCAGCAAGCCACCACAGUUUCCAAAGCCGAGGGGACAGCCCCAGCCAGGGAGCUGAUGGGCUAGGGGCAGCCUUGUGGAUGCUAGGUGAGCAGCACUUGUGCACAUCGACCUGGUCUCAGACACUCCUGCCCCUGGACCUUGGCCCAGAGCCCACAGGCCUCUGCUCACUCUCUACCUCUGCUGUGCGGUGGCCCUGCAGCUGAGACCUGGGGCGUCUGUCCAUGGCUAGCCCUCGCCUUCCCUCCCUUUCUCCCAGAAUGGCGGUGGCUGAGCAGCCCAAGAUAGGACCUUGCUAGGAGACCUGCUGAGGUUGGCUUCUCCCCAAAGGGGCUAUGGCCUCUGGCCCCAGGGACCUGGGAGGUCUGGAUGUCUGCACAGGGCACAAUAAAGGGCUCCCUCUUGCCCAGCUGUCUAAGAUCCCAGGCCUGCUGCUUGGAGAGGGUGCCACACUGCACACCGCCAGCUGGCCUGGCCGCAUCACAGCCCUGCACUGGCCAGCUCUCUUGGGCCCUCAGUCAGACAAGCAGCCAUCUCUGGCAUCCUCUCUGCUCCUGGAGGGUCUGAGAGCCCAGGGAGCCCAGAGGAUGAGACUCAUGGCCCUUGAAGAGAGCACCAUGCACAUACCCAGCUGGCCUACGGGGACAAACUGGCUCCUGGCCCAGGUGCUCCCCUUAACUCAGUGGUCGGGGAGGUUUGCAGGAGGCAGUUGGCCUACCUUUUGCAGGGAGUUGGGCAGGGAGAGGGUGGUGGAUUUCCUUUCCUCUCCAGUUAAAGAUCAGAUCACCCAUGAGGUCACACUGAAACCUCUGCUGCUUACAACAGCUUGUGGCGGGGAGGCUCAGGCCAGCUGGAGACUGCAGGGUCCCCAGGGCUCGGGGAUAUUCUUUGUUCUUGCUGUGGGUCCAGGGGGAAGACCACCUGGCAGCUUGAUCUCCAGUAGCCUAGUCAGUGUGGCAGCUGGUCCAGGGUUUGGGGUGGGGAGUGAAAACAGAACUUGGGGAAGCCUGGUCUGAUGAAGGGCUGUUGGGCCCCCCUACAGGGAGUAUGGAGUUUAGCUGGGGGCUUCCAGGAAGAGGUGGGUGGACUGUCACCAGAAGCCCAAGGCACAGGGACAGUGGAGUGGUGCUUGGCUGCACUGCUGGCUUCAGCAUUUGGGGAAUGCCCUGAUCAUGGGGGGUGGGGGUGUUCAGGUGUGAGGCUGCUCUGGGUGGGUGAGCUGUGGGGUGGUGGCCGGCCAGAUGUGUGUCAGAGAGGUGGCUAGGAUCCUGUUGCCCUGCAGCCCACUGGGCUUCUGGGUGGACCCGGUGUUCCCUCCUCAGGUCUGCCUCACUGGCUGGGUCUCUGCCCUGCAGAAGCAUCAGAUAGUGGGGGCAGAGGUCUGAGAAGACAGUCCCACACUGAGGGUCAGGGUGAAGGCAACCAGGUCCUUCCUUCAGCUGGGGCAGGGUGGGAGAAGGCAGUCUUCCUGCAGGACAGGUGGGGAAGGGGUGGGGCAAGGACCAGCACUAUGCAUGUGUGCAUGGAGCAUGCACUCCAGGAGCCUCAUGGGGAAAGCAGGAGCUGGGGCACACGGGUCUCAAAGGGCCCAUAGCACCAGUCGCUCCAGCCCUGGGUUGGGAGGCCUGGGAUCUACAGGGAGGGGAUGCAGCCUGUGGAGUGUGGGAGGCAGUACCACCCUGUCCACACAGAAAGUGGGUUACAGGAGUAACAGGUCUGGUGGACAGAAAGUCCGGGGCUCAGGUUGCCUAGGAGAAGUCCAGUGCCCUGGACGGCAGUCCCCACCUCAGGGUGGACAAAUUCCGACAGAGCAGAUUCAGCCGAGGGAUGGUGCGGCCACUCGGGGCCCAGGUCGCUGGUGCUGCGGGGCGGUGC